UUGAGGAUGAUCUGCCUCCAGAAAAAAAUAGACAAGCUGCCCAAUGUCUUUGUGCUAUGAUUGCUGAUGGAUAUCAUGGAGCUCCACCAAAGGCUCGGGGACCUCCUGCCUUGGAAUGUCUCACUGCUUGACUACCUCUCUCCCGGGAAUGACAGUAUCUGGCACUCCAGAGCUCUCUCCAGCAACAUCCUUUUCUCUGCCCACGAACCAGGCACCAUCCUCUUGGUGGUAAUGUACUCUGCUUCCUUUCUGGCUGGCUUGGUAGGUAACAUCAUGGCUUUGAGGGUGUUGGGGGCCCGCAGGAGAAGAAGAUGUGGCUUCUCUGGGGUAUCUGGGACCAAGGAUCUUCUUGUCAACUUGGCUGUAUGUGACAUGAUGGUGAUUUGCAUCUGCAUGCCCAUCAACCUUGGUCACCAGGUUCACAACGCUUGGGUGUUUGGAGGGUUCCUCUGCAGAGCGGUCCCUUUUGUCCAGGCUGUGUCUGUCUCCGCUAGUGUCCUCACCUUGUCUGUCAUCAGCCUGAACAGGUACUAUAGUGUCCACAACCCUAUGCAUGCCAGGACUUUCUUCACCACCAGGAAGAUCACUGUCAUGAUCUGUUUAGUGUGGCUCCUGUCUUCUGCUUUAUGUAUCCCACUGCUCUUCAUGAACAGGACUCAGAACUUGGUCCUCUACCCUGGGAAGUUAGCUGUGGUGGUGUGCACUGAAAGUUGGCCAAGUCUAAAAACCAAACUUAUUUACAACUUCUUGUUGUUCUGUGCCUUGUAUGCGUUCCCUGUCUUAUUCAACCUCUUGAUCUGUUUCCUGACAAGUCGACGGCUCUGGGGGCCCAGCGACGCGGUGAUCGACAAGAACAGUUGGUCUAUGGCUGACUCCAGGUUGAAGGCUCGUAGGAAAAUUGCCAAGAUGGUGGUGGCGUUGGUUCUUCUCUUCACCCUGUCAUGGUUGCCCCUCUACGUGCUAGACAUCUGGAUUGACAUCAACAUGACCUAUGCCCCUUUUGGCGACAUGUUAGGAUACCUCCAACAUGACUGGAUUUUGCAGUUGAGACCCUUUGCACAGUGGCUUGGCCUCACCAACUCUACUCUCAACCCCCUGUGCUACUGCUUUGUGGGCAACCUGUACCGAUCGGCCAAACGUUUUAGGAAUAGCUACCGAGAAAGGUUGGUGUCUAUCUUUAGUAUGUCUUUGGUCCAUGCCACGGGAGACCCCGCUGCCCCCCGUUUACUACACUACAAGGCCUCUAAAAACAACAUGGAGUCUCGGUUCAAGAGAGGCAAACUCCAGUCAAGGUUUCAACCCAUCACCAAGAACAAAACUGUUUCCUCAGUCCCUAUCUGUGAUGGGAGCCCGGGGCUUCCCCUGCCUGUCCCUGUUUGA